CAAACAAAUUGGGGUCCUUUCUUGCUGGAGGCUAGCUAGCGUAACGAAGUUCAGAUUCAUGCUGUUUUAAAUACAUGGAAAUUUAUCUCCUAAAUUUCAUCACUCAGUUGUAAAUAGUCCGUGUGUGUUUUACUAACAAAAAUACGUGUUAUUCGGCUCGUUGUAUUACGCUCUAGCUAGUUUUGUAAUUAAAUCCGGCUGGUGUUUCUCUGGUGUGUCACCGUUUUAGCGGAGCUAGCAUUAGCAUCAGCGCUGCAAACGAACCUCCCCUGACACCAACUGGCGACUUUUGUCACAUCCUUUAGUCAGUCCAAUAAAAUAAUCGGGAGGCGUUGAUGAGCAGCGAUGUCCGGCAUUGCUCUUAGCAGACUGUCACAGGAGCGCAAAGCCUGGAGGAAAGACCACCCAUUUGGAUUUUUUGCUAAGCCCACUAAGAAUCCAGAUGAUACCAUGAAUCUGAUGAACUGGGAGUGCGGCAUCCCUGGGAAGAAAGGGACUUUGUGGGAGGGUGGACUGUACAAGCUCAGAAUGCUGUUCAAAGAUGACUACCCUUCCUCUCCACCCAAGUGCAAGUUUGAGCCGCCUAUAUUCCAUCCGAACAUCUACCCGUCAGGCACCGUCUGUCUGUCCAUCCUGGAGGAGGACAAAGACUGGAGACCUGCCAUCACCAUCAAACAGAUCCUUUUGGGGAUUCAGGAGCUGCUGAACGAGCCCAACAUCCAGGACCCGGCACAAGCCGAGGCUUACACGAUUUACUGUCAGAACAGGAUGGACUACGAGAAGCGGGUCAGGGCACAAGCCAAGAAGUUUGCCCCUCCUCCCUGACCCACCUGAGCAGCCUGAAGGGAGGCACCUGAAGGACCACUCCAAUCAAAUAGUUUCUGAGUAUUUUUAUCAAGUCCCACAGAUGACACGCUAGCCUGGUUUUCUUCCAUUCCUUUAAAGCAACGCAUCUCAUUAGAUUCAUUCUGAUUGUAACAGUCAUAUUUAUGGUUUUUAAUCCACUCUAAUUCUGCUCAGUAUAACGUUUAUUACUCGUUUAUAAUCCCAGUCCCUAAACAACCUUCGGUCCACGCCGCAGACCUGCACCCAUCAGACACAACGCCCAAACCAGUUCCACAUUUUAACCAAAUCGAAGGAGCGGCGCAGAGUUUAAUCACACGUGAGAGGGACGAUCCGAGCACUUGUCAGGGCGAAGGCUCCUACCGCGGGAGGACGGUUUAGAUUUAGGUCCCGGUGUAAACGUGGGUUUGGUGGCCUCUGCUGGAAGUGAACUGAACUUCAUCCACAUUCACGAUCAUCCUAGAAAAAGUCCUUUAAAAUUCACCCUAACCAAAAAACGCUUCCACUGAUGAGAACUAAGCCAAGAGCAGGUGGAGCGGGCCGACUCUCACGAGCAGCACCAACACAGGAAAAGUGCACUUGGAUGUAAACAAACUGGUUAUUUCUUCCUUUUUGCCUCUAAAUACGAGUGCAUGUACAUAAUAUAAAUAAGAGAAACUGUGGAGGUGAUGUUUUAUAUUGUUGUAGCCGGUUGACGUUGUGUGUGGCAUUGUAUCUGAAAAAAUGUGAAAUAAAGUUGGGUGAAAACCAA